ACGGGUCAAAAUGUAAACGGAAAAGCAGCCAAACACCACUUUCUGAAAGUAGGUGUGCAGUGGGAAAGUGUAAAACGAUUGCGUAAAGUUGUAGCGCAGCGGGGACGCGUAAUAAUCCGUGCGUAAAAGUGAGUCAGAGAGGGAGAAGUAAAACUUCUGCGCUGAAGGAAACGUUAUGGAUGCGUCAGUGAGCUUUUUGGACGUAAAGAAAAGCUGACACUGUAAGGAACUGUCGUUUCUUCCUUUACAGUUGAUGUCUGCUUUCCAGAGUUUGGCGACAGAGCCGGAGCGGAGCGCAGCAGAGCGCGCAGCGAAGCAACAGAUGCUGGACAGUGAUUAAGCCUUACGGCUGGAAAGCUCAUGAAUUGAAUUUGUCUGGACGGCAGACUUUAUGUAAGAAGUAGGACAAGCAUAACACCGCCCAACUGGUUCUUACCGUCAUGCGUAGAGACGCUUCGUCGUCCAGCACCUUGUUGUUAUGAUCAGCUCUGAACGUUCAAUUAUUCACAAAGUUGCAGCUAGCUGAUGCCACUGCUCCAGUAGGAGUCAGUGGAAAGUUUUCUCGUUUACAUCCUUCUGUCUACCUCUUCUCAACAUGGACGAGAGUGUUGAGUCUGCUGCGGGCGACAGCUGCUCGGACGGGGAGAGCAUCAACCUCAGCGUGCUCAACUGGGAGCAAGUGCAGCGGCUGGACACAAUCCUCACCGGCUCCAUCCCCAUCCACGGCCGGUGGAGCUUCCCCACGCUGGAGGUGAAGCCGCGGGAUAUCGUCAAGGUGGUCCGGAGCCGCAUGGAGGAGAAGCGGAUACAUGUCCGGGAGGUGCGACUCAACGGCUCUGCAGCCAGCUACGUCCUGCACGAGGACAGCGGUCUGGGGUGGAAAGACCUGGACUUAAUAUUCUGCGCCGAGCUGAAAGGAGAGAUGGAGUUUCAGAUAGUGAAAGAUAUAGUGCUGGACUCUCUUCUGGACUUCUUGCCCGAGGGGGUGAAUAAAGAAAAGAUCACACCAGUGACCUUAAAGGAGGCCUACGUGCAGAAGAUGGUGAAAGUGUGCAAUGACUCUGACCGCUGGAGUCUCAUCUCCCUCUCCAACAACCGUGGCAAGAAUGUAGAGCUCAAGUUUGUGGACUCUCUUCGACGCCAGUUUGAGUUCAGCGUGGACUCAUUCCAGAUCCGCCUGGACUCACUUCUCCUCUUCUACGAGUGCUCGGAGCACCCCAUGGCAGCAACCUUCCACCCCACAAUCCUCGGGGAGAGCGUCUACGGCGACUUCCCCACUGCCCUCGAUCACCUGCGCAAGCGCCUAAUCUGCACCAGGAGCCCAGAGGAGAUUCGAGGCGGGGGUUUGCUGAAGUACUGCCACCUGCUGGUGCGAGGUUUUCGUGCAGCCUCUGACGCUGAGAUGAAACUGCUGCAGCGCUACAUGUGCUCGCGCUUUUUCAUAGACUUUCCUGAUGUGGGCGAGCAGAGGAGGAAGCUCGAGUCCUAUCUGCAGAACCACUUCGUAGACCUGGAGGACAGGAAGUAUGACUAUCUGGCCACGCUGUACGAGGUGGUGCAGGAGAGCACGGUGUGCCUGAUGGGCCACGAGAGGCGUCAGACGCUCAGUCUCAUCUCCUCUCUGGCGCUGCGGGUCCUGGCCGAGCAGAACGCCAUCCCCAAUGCAGCCAACGUCACCUGCUUCUACCAGCCAGCCCCUUAUGUCUCAGAUGGCAACUUCAGCAAUUACUACGUAGCGCAGGUUCAGCCUCUCUACCCCUGUCACCCCUCGCCUCCUCAGCAGUACAUUCCUCCGCAGCAUCAUCCCAUGUAUGCCACCUGGUUACCCUGUAACUAAGCUUUGUACAUGCACUUUUGUGCAGCUUUUUAGCUGGUGGAACCUCCUUUAAAGGAAUGAAUGAUGAGCUUUUGAUCUCUUCCUUGAGGUAGGAAAUUGAGGGAAAUGAGAGAAGGAAGAAUAUGACACAAAAUUAGACAAGAAUAAAGGAAGGAAGGCAAAUGAGGACAAGGAACCUGGAUCAUGGCAUUGGGCCAGAGAAGGGCUUUUCCCGCGGGUAGGGUGCCACAGCAGGAAGAGCUGAGGACACAGGGAGAGAUGCCAAUGAGAGGGUUCUCUCGUCAGCGCUCGAUCGAUUUGGUAGACCCUCGUAUCAACCAACAGCCAGGAUGCAACAACGAUAUUUUUGUUGUUGGUUGUGAGCUACAGAACUCACAAUCCAUAUUACGACCAUGUAAUAUAUCCACAUCCUCUUCAUGUUAAAAACCAAAACAGGCUUGCAUGCUGAAGACAUUGACUUGUGGUGGAACAAUGGGGACUUUCUGACGUGCACUGUGUUUGUAUGGGACUCCUUUUCACAGACAAUGCAAAAUGAGGAAGUGGAUACUGUUUACAAAUCCAAAGAUCUACUUUGAUACUUUAUCUGAAUUCUAAGACACACAAAAAACAACAAAACAAUGCAUGCUUUAUUUCUGUACAGGAAUAAUUGUCUUUAAGUGCCUAGAAAAGCCUAAAGGGAAGAGAUAUUUUUGUGAUUCUUUAUCGUAGAGAAUUGUUGUUUAAUCGAUCUUCAAGGUGAUUAUGAAUGUACUGUGGAACAGAGAGUUUACCGAUGCUGAGUAAGGUCUCUUACACUGAGGGAAGUUUUGGACCAACUAAUUUUUUUUGACAAUGUUUAGUUAAAGACUCUGCUCUUAUCUGCGGUCCUGCUUGACAAACACAUCCUGAUUACCAAAGAGGAAGUAGCAACAUAAUCUCAUCAUCUGCAGAGAGAGUGGGGGGAGGGGAGUUGAUUCAAAAAUGCUUGUACAUGUAAAAUAGAUGGUGAUUUUAAGAGAAAUGCAGAUGAGUUUUGGAAGCAAGAGAGUUAUUCUUAUCUGCAGUUGAUUGGAUUGCACAAGGUGUUCCAGUGUAAGGCUUGAUAACCAAAAAGCUAUUUAGCACAAAAAGGAGAUUUUGACCCAUGCAUUACCCAUGAUGCAUUUCAUCACAUGUAGUCCUAUUAUUAAGCAACAUGCUGAAGUGUACUUGCACACCUUUGCAUAUGCAAAUGAAAUGCAUAUUGAUGAACAGAUAAAUAUACAAGUCACGCUUUAAGGUGCCCUGGAGGUUUCAUGUAAGCAAACAUGUUUACAUUUAGUCUUACUCACCAAACGACUGUGUGUAUCCUCUAAUCCACUGUUUUCUUCCUCCUAAAACAUUUGCAAAGGCCAUUUUUGGAACCUUUUUGCAACCCAUGCCACCUCUCCUUUGCACACGUGCACAAAGCACAAAAAAAGGGGCCCACUGGUAAAAAAUAAUAUAUAUAUAUAUAUAUAUAUAUAUAUAUUACUCUGUAGCACUACUAGUGUUCAAAAACACUACAGGGCACCUUUAAUUUUCAAAUAUGAAACAGAAAGUAAAACAGAAAUGUAUUGUGCUUGAAAAUGAAUUCUGAAACAGGGACAAGCAGUUUUCUCAAAUUACACUGGAAAGUUUAUAAAUAUGAUAAAACCAAUUCUGUAUUUUCUUCUUCUAAUCAAAUAUAUAAAAUGGUAACUUUUAAACAUAAUUUUGGCAUGCUGUAUGCACUGUAAGUCUGUACGUCUGCAAACAUCUGCAGGCCUCAUAGAGAUAAAACAAACUGUCUGUUUGUCAGAGGGGUGGAGGUCGGAUUGUGUAUGCAGGGAUGUAGCAGCAGAGCAACUGAAUGAAGUUGAGUAAAAGCAAAACUACUGGUAGAGUCAGAGGCCCAGCAGAGGUGAAUUUUUUCAAAAAAUUCUGUUUAGCAUGGAAAAGCACCAAACAAUUAGGAAAUAAUGCAAAAAAUGUAGUGUGCAAAUUAAACCACAUGGAUCGUUUAAGGGCAAUAACACAAGUAGGAUUUUGUGACAAUCGUGAAAAUUACAGGUGUAAAUGUUCAGCUUUACAAGUGUAAGAGACUCAGCGUAUUCUCUCAAACAUGUCAGAUCUCCUAUUUUUCUAUCAAUCUCUAUUUUUGUACAGUUUGUGUUUGGCUGAUGUAGCAGGCAGAUUCAAAAAAGCUGUGCCGUUGAGUAUUUUUGAGGUGUGUGCGAAAAAUUUGUGUUUUAUUUUGGCUGAUGAAGAGCAAUGCAGGUGGGCACGGCAGCUAUGCUGAGAUGCAGAUUUAGCUUGUGUUCAUUGUAUGUGUGCUCUGAGCUGUUUCAUAUGGGUUUCUGUUGCUCUAAAGAGCUUGUUUCACUGUGUCAUGUGUCACCGUCCUGUUUGGGCGUGCAAAUAUUGAUCUGAUAAUUGUGUUCAAGUUGACCAACUUGAGAAUUAAAAGCAAAAAAAUACCAGCAGAAACGAGUUGUUCAGUUCAGUUUUUUGUUGUCACUCCCAUUACAACUUACCAGCUACAAUUAAAAUCUGCAUGUGGUUUUUUAGACGUUUUACCUUAUUGAACCUCUGUCUAGUCAAGGUAAAUGGCUCUGGCAUUUG